AUGGUAUCUACGCCGGAGGCCCACACCGUUACCUGCAACGGGCCCUGCGGACGGACCGUCCCGCCGUCAAGCGCCUCCACUUCCGGCCUCAUCCUAAUCAGCGGUUCCGAUCUGCGCUACUGGUUCUAUGACCAGUGCCAGCUGAAGCUUUGUCCCAUGAACUGGAAGCGUUGCGGCGGUCCGGAUGUUCCUGGAGGAACGCGGAAGGUGAUCAAGGUGUCGGAAGAACACUUUGAUCCUUCGGUGCUGUCACCGGAGAUGUGGACCGGGAUCUUUUCGGAACUGUCCCCUCGUCAGCUGCUGCAGGUUCGACUGGUGUGUCGCCACUGGAGGGACAUCGUGGACGGAAGUGGUUCAUUGAAGGACAAGCUGACUGUCGUAUUCACGAAAAGGGUUACCAUUGAUCAAGACUACAAACCGGCCCAUCUGCUUCCGGUUCAUCGAGCUAACUUCGAGUCUAGCAAAAUUGCCUCUGUUGGCUCGUGGUGGCCACCGUUUGGACACAAUCUUGUUGAAGUUUCCUUCAGCAGCUGCAAAGUGUCCCUACCGAAUUUGCUGGAAAUGCUUAAACACGCGCCAAAUCUUCAAGUCAUUGAGCUGCUCUAUUACGAUGAAACCAGUGAAUGUCCCGAUCCGGCGAACUUUCGGCUUGACAAGGUUGAGAAGCUCACGCUUGAUGGACGCAAUAUUACACAGCUGUCGGAAGUCUUUCUCGAUGUUUGCCGCAACCUGAAAUCCCUGCGGCUCACCUGGAACUUUUACGGAAACCACGACGAUUGCGUCAAGCCGUUGGAAAUGGCUAAAUUUGUCGGCGACCUGCGCAACACUUUGGAGGAACUUUACAUUAACUCUUCGGAUGAAAUCGUUACCGAACUGCUCAAACUUGAUGGCCUAAAGUUGAAGAAAGUGGCGCUGCUGGAUGAUCCGGUGGAUUACAAACUGCUUGUUCAACUUUACCAAAAGUAUCCAGCUUUGGAGUAUCUUGAUAUUCAUGAAGUCGUUGAUUUGGGAUUUAUCGUAGAAAAGAUUCGCAACGAAAUGGUUCAUAUGCUGCCCAAUUUGAAGCAUUUAUCAAUCAAUGUGGGUCCGUACUUCGGCGCGGAUCUUACGUGUCUGUCCAACUUUACCAAGCUUCAAAGCCUCGCGCUUUAUGGCUACCAAGAGCAGAACAUAAGUGCCUACGAGUUCGAUUUUCCGGACGGUGGAAUGCCCAAUCUGAAGGAACUAUACCUGGAGGGUAUUUACUUUCCUUACAACCGUCUCCAGCAGUUCCUUGCCAAGACGCCGAACGUGCACACCUUAAUCAUCGAAUACGAAAACCUCUUCGACACCUGGUCGGACUUUCUGACGGCUAUCGGAACGCUCAAGCUGCUGCGGAAGCUGUCCAUAGACAUGAUCACCUUCAAGAAGUCAACCCGUUGCCCGUUCCAGUGUCUGCCAACUCUGAACAUUCUAAACAUGAAUCUGGGCACAAUGCCGCACUCUCUAGCGAACAUGGUUCUGGGCCUGUGCCCACACCUGCGGGACUUUCACGCAAACUCAAUUUCCAACUCGAAGAGCACGAUCAACGACGAAGUGCUGCGUGUCAUCCUUAAUCAGCUGUGCAAAGUUAAGCUGGAGCACGCCAAGUAGGGAAAUUUUG